ACGGGGAUUGUGCAAGCCGCCAAUAAGUUGGGGAAAAGAAAGACGGAAGGAAGGAAGGGAAUCGUGUGUCAUUUCUUCCGGGAUCUCCUCUUCCCAGCCCUUGCAACACAAGCCAGCUCGAGAGGCAGAUCGUUUGCGCCUUCGCCUGGCAGAGGAGAAGCCGCGGAGGGCGGGACACCAUGCAACAGGGCCCGGGGCCUGCCGUCUUCGUCACCACUAGACAUCUUCAGAAUGGCCAUACAGGAAUAGACCUGUCAGUCCCAGAGUACCAAGAAAUACGAGGAAAGAUGAUGUCUGGCCAUGUGGAAUAUAAUAUUUUAGUAGUUACCCAGCUGGCUGUGUUCAAAUCUGCCAAGCACAAAUCCGAAGACAACAUUCAGUUUAUGGUUUCUAAGAAGUACAGUGAUAUUGAUGAGUUUUAUCAAAAACUUGUCACACGUUACCCACAAACCUCUCUACCGCCUUUGCCAAGAAAAGUGCUUUUUGUUGGAGAAUCUGAUAUUCGAGAACGAAGAGCUGCCUUCAAUGAGAUUAUGGGAUUGAUUUCUAAAGAUGUGGUUCUCGCAUCAAGCCCCGAGUUAAUGGAAUUUCUGGGAACCAGAUCCGCCAGUGUGAUUGAUGUCAAGAGUAAAAACCUUCCCAAGAAGGAAGAAGAGGAUGAGGACACCGAAGGCUUUGAUUUUUUCAGAGAGGAAAAAAUACCUGAUGUCAUUUCUCAAUUCAGUUCGUUUAAAAGCCAGGAGGCCAAAAAGGAAACAGAAGAGGAAGAGAGUGACGUGGAUCCACUUGGUGUCCUCAAAUCUAAAAAAACCAAGAAGCCCACAUCCUCUCCUGCUCAAGAAGGUAAAACGAAGUUAACAAUUUUUCAUGGAGAAGUGGAUCACGGAGAAGAACUAUUUGGCACAUCUGAAGAUUUUUCAUCCCCCGGCAACAAGAAGAUAUUGGCAGUCAAAGAAGAUGUGAAAUUAUUUGAAGGACCAGAUCUUGGUGGAGUGGUAACUCUUGGAGAUCCACUGCUGUUGCUGACAGCCAGUGAAGACAGAGAACCUCUGUUAAAUGAUAGUCCUGCUGAGGACGUGGAGGAACUAUUGAGAGUGGAAGAUGACUUUGAAAAAAUGUUGCAGGUGAGCUCUAAGCCCAAGCUUAAACCCAAACCCAAGGUGGCAUCUAAGCCAGCAAUACCUAGGAAGCCGGUGGUACCUGAGAAAAAAUUCUCAUCUUCUCCAACCCGAACGGGACAGCCAGCGGAAGAGACGAUCCAAAGGAUGGACGAGAUGGACAUUCUCAAAUACAUUAAGGAAAAUGAAUCCCUCAGUAGUGCAGAGCCAAGCCUUUUCUGAAGCCCUUGCUGCUGGCGGACUUUCCACAGGAGGAAGGUUUUCCAUCUGCCAGGACAUGUCUAGCAUGUCCUUGCUUGCCCUUUUUAUUGGUCCUUUGGCUCCCAUUGGUUUGUUUUAAAACAAUGGAACUUGAUAUUGGGGUUAGAAUCCUGCAAAAAGUUAAGAGGUUUGCCACGAUGUUUUAAUUAACAAUGCCUUGUUUUUAAAAACGUACAAGACUGUGGCCAGUACUGAGCCGAUAAAAGGAAUGCCGCUAACCUUUGAGCAAAUGGAUUAUUUGGCUUGAAAAGUACCAGAGGUCAGAAUUAAUAAAAGGAACUAGCAUGGUUGGAUUAAAUAUUGACACUAGGUUGGAAUUGUUAUUGUUGAAUAGAAGUUGUUUAUUUCCAGAUCAUUUUCAAAACUUCUUGGGAAAAAUGCCACUGAAGUGCAAGGAACAUGCAUAAAAGCAUUUUUUUUUCAGAGUCAUAUUUCUUCUUUAAGGGUUAUAAUGCAUUGAGUCUAGGAUCCUUUGGAGCCUGCCUAAAGGGCUUUCGGUAUGAAUGGCCUUAUUUGUGUCUCAAUUUUCUGAUCAGAUGGUAGGAUUUUGUGGUACGCUGGAGCCAGCUUGAAAUGUCUGCAGAACAUGGCAGGAAAGCAUCUGCAAGAGAUUCCAGAAUAAUGAUGUGAAUGAUGACUGUUUUUAAUGUCUUUUUAAUUUGAGGAUACUCCCAUCCUCAGCGUUAAGAAGGGUGCUUCUUUUUGAUGUUAAAGACUCGCAUCUCUCAUUAUUGUUCGGUGGGAAGAAAAGUAUCAUUUAUUAGGUGCCAAACCCCCCACCCCCACCCUGGUGCUUAUGGCAGGAUUAGGAAAAUGAACACCAACACCUUAGUUUUGAUAGCUGAAUUAUAUAUGAUAGUUGAGUUAGAUAAGAGCUAAUUAAUUAUUUGACAGCAUACUCUUUUUAUAUGGACAUUCUGUGUUUUUCACUCAGGUGGCCCAGCCCCAACAAAGUGAAUUAAGCCAUAAUACCAAAUAUUUGAUAACUCGUUAACCUGUCUGGAAUGCAAAAAAAAAAAAAAAAGCAAUUAAAGCACUUUAAAACACGUACAUGUUUAAUGCACAGUGUUCCAUUUAUAAUGCUUUAUUUUAAAUAAAAUGAAAUGAUGAAGCCCUACUAAUACAGUAUUAAACAUUUCCCCUGAGGAGUAAAUAACCAACGCAGCAUGGAACAA